AUGCCGUGUCCACAGCCAGGCGAUCCGGCAUCUUCGGCCGCUGCGGCCGCCUCGACUGAAACCACAACUUGCGUCCGCUGCAAGACCAACCCAGCAACCGCCAUCUUCCGCGACUCGAUCUACUGCCAGGACUGCGCGCUCGCCGUCUUCUACUCCAAAGCCAAGCCGGGUCUCGAAUAUGCUCGCGGUGCCGGACUCGCCAAGUAUGUUGCUGCUGCUUCUAAAGCAGGCUCAAUAGCCAGCUCCUCUGCUGCGACGUCCGAUCCUGUCGCAUCCUCGUCCUCUGCGCCGGCCAACGGAGAGAGCAGCAAGAAAGUAAAACCGAUCAACAACGGCAGUGGCAACACCGAGGUCAAUGUGUCCGCCAACAUUGCCGUCGCCUUCUCCGGGGGCCCGAGCUCAAGAGCCCUCCUGCGGACGGUGACGCAGUAUUUCAGACCUGAGACAGCGUUUGUCAACCGCGAUGCACGGAGGAGGAAGGCGCGCGGUGAAGAUGUUGAUACCUCAUCGCCGGCGGAGAGCGAGGGUUCGACGGGCAAGCCGCGCGGUCUCAAUUCUGCAGGCCGCUUCAACGAGGUCGGAAAGAUCUAUGUGCUCUACAUCGACGACAGCGCUGUCAUCUCCAACAGCGUAGAUCAAACGGAAGCAGCUCGAAUGAUGGUCGAAGAGGAAGGCUCUCCCGAUCUGCAUUUCGUCCCUCUCAAGCUUGAGGACGUCUUCCGUACCUCCGACGAGACCUUCACAGGCGUCCCAUGGAAGCACUCCUCUGUCGACGAUCAGCUUCUCUCUCGUCACUCCACCUCCGUCGCAACCCCACGACAGGCCCUGCAAGACCUCUUCACCUCCCUCCACCCACCCUCGACUCCGCGCACAGGCGCCUCCUCCGCCCGCACGCGCAUCGAAGACCUCCACCGCAUCCUCAUCACACACCUUCUCCGGCGCACCGCCACCUCGCUCUCCUGCUCCGCACUCCUCCUCGCCUCCACAGCCACACGGACAUCCAUUCGGCUGAUCGAGGACAUCGCCAAGGGCGCGGGUCACAAGCUUGCUGUCGCCAACAACGCGGCUGCUUGGAUCGACGACUUGCUCGUUGUCCGCCCGUUUGCGCCACACCUUCUCCAAGAAGUGAUCCACUAUACAUCCACCCUUGGGUUGGAGCCGUUGACGGAACAGGAGGUGGUGCCGCCCAGCGUGGGAGUCGGGGAGGGUAGCACGACGGCACCCGUGAUGGAUAAGACAUCGAUCGCGAGGUUGACCGAGACGUUUGUGCUCAACCUCGAACGCGGGGUGCCGAGCACCGUGACGACGAUCGGCAAGACGGGUGCCAAGCUCGUGCUCAACUCCACUGAAGACGUUUCUCGGUCCACUAGCGAAUUCCAGCGGGUGGGGCCGACCGUUCCGCUGCGUACUCGGAACGGCGUUGCAGACAAGAUGGCGGAUCUGACGCUUGCCGGGAACGAGCCACGCAUCGGGUCAAGAGGAAUGAGGUUGGCCCAGGCGAGCGCGGGAUGCUUCCGCUGGAAUACCACCGCAGGCUGUGCGCUGUGCAGCAUGCCCAGUCAGCAUCCCACCGCGCGACACUGGAAGAGGAACAUCACCAUUUCAAGCCUGGGUGAGACCGCACCCGGUCAGCGUCCGGUCAAAGCGGUCGAGGAGCAGGGGCAAAGAUGGAUCGAGUUGGCAGAUCAUCUCUGCUACGCGUGUCUGUUGGUUCUGGCGCCGCCAGCUGGGGAGGGUGGGGAGGAGCAAGCGAGGUCGUUGCUGCCGGCGUACGUGCUCGAGCAUGUCCAGAGGUCGGCUGCCAAGGGCGGCGAUGCGAAUGGGACCGACCCGAACGGAGUCAGCGGAGUCGAGGCGGCGGUCGCGGAGGGAGGGGAAGCCCCGCAGAACGGCAAGCAUGGCAACUGUGCGAGCCACAAGCAACCUCCGCAGCCUCUCAAGAGGUCAGAGAUCAAGGCUCAGAUCGACGAGUUUCUUCUCGACGACGCAUGA